AUGGACUACGAUCUCGAAUAUAGCGAGGAACAGCGGGAGUACCUCGAGCGUGUCGGGAUGCGGGACCUACUCGAGACCUUCGUCGCCGAAGUCGUUCGGCAAAAGCCCCACGACGUAUACGACUUCCUGUAUGGGUGGGCAAGCGCCCGCUGCCUGACAACGGCAAAUAUGACGCACACGCAGGCUGCUAUAAAAAUCCAGUCCGCCCUACGCCAACGCCUGGCAUGGGGACUGUUGCACAGCCGCCAACGUACCGUAAACACGCGUGUGGAGUACGAUGAGGCGCAACUAGCGAUGACAGUUGACGCAGACACUAAUCCGAAUGCACUACAAGGUGUUCCUGCCCCCUUCACCCUUAUGUAG